UUUUAAAUAAAUUAAUUAAAAAAAAAAUGGAUAAUAUAAAUAUUGCUACAUAACAAUAAGCAGUCCGAAUACCUGUAGCCUCCUAAGAAGGAUAAUCUACUCAUUCUUACUCAUCCGAAGAAGUUCACGCAUUUUCCCAACACAUAAACAAUUCUUUAAAAGAUGAUCCACAUUUAUAAAGCCUACUCCCUAUAGAUUCAGAAUCUAAAUAAUUGUUUGAUGCAGUAGGAAACGGUAUUAUAUUAUGUAAACUAAUAAAUAAGGCUUGUCCAGGUACAAUAUUUACUAAGGCAAUAAAUAUAGAGAAGCUUAAUAUUUUCAAAAUAAAGGAAAAUUUGAAUUUAGCAAUAACAUCUGCUAGAGAAAUUGGUUGUGUGAUAAUAAAUGUACAUUCUGGGAAUAUAAUAGACAAAACUGAGCAUAUUAUUUUAGGCUUAUUAUGGUAAAUCAUAAAAGUACACCUUUUAGGAGGUUUAGACUUAAAACUUCACCCUUAUUUAAUCCGAUUGAAAAAAGAAGACGAAGAAGCUGCCGAAUUACUAAGACUUUCGAAAGAAGAAUUACUCACAAGAUGGUUUAAUUACCAUUUAUCGAAUGCUAAAAGAGAAAAAUUUCGAAUUUUACAACAGAUUUAAAAAAUGGAGAAGCUUAUGUUUAUCUCUUGAAUUAAAUUUCUAAUUAAAAAUUAGAUUUGUCCGCUCUUUCCCUUUCUGUAGAAGAUCGCCUUCAAAAAUUGAUAAAUGACUCUAUUUCCUUAGGAAUACCCUCCGGCUGUAUUAAAUAUUCUGACAUAAUGAGUGCUAAUUAAAAACUUAAUCUGAUGUUUACUGCUUAUCUUUUUAAUUAUUGCCCAGGACUAGAACUCACAGAAUAGGAGAAAGAUGACGCUAGCUAAAUUUAUAGAUGAUGACAAUGAUUAAGAGCUUUCUAGAGAAGAACGAGUUUUUAGAAUGUGGAUAAAUUCCUUAAAUAUAGAAGGUUUAUAUAUAAAUAAUUUAAUAUAAGAUUUAAGAGACGGUAAAUUAUUAUGUUAAGUCAUGGAUAAACUAGCGCCUGGCAAAGUGGACAUGAAUAAAGUCGAAGGUAUGUUAAAAAAAAUCACAAAUAUAAACAAAAUAUAAUGUGCUAACUAUGCGAUUUAAAUUGCGAAAGAAUUAGGUUGUUAAUUAGUGGGAAUAGGCGGAAAAGAUAUAGUCGAUGGGAAUAAAAAAUAUAUAUUAGCAAUAGUUUGGUAAUUAAUGAAAAAAUAAUAACUCGAAUGUAUAGGAGAUAUGACUGAAAAUAAACUUAUUGAAUGGGCUAAUAGUAGAAUUUUAGAACCUUAGCAUAAAAUAAAUAACUUAAAAGAUAAGAAAUUAAAAAGUUCUCAUUUCUUUUUUAAAGUAUUGUAAUCUAUUGAUUCUUUAGUUGUUAAUUAUGAUCUAGUCACUCCCGGUUAAACUGAUUAGGAAGUUAUGGAAACGCUAAGUAUGUGAUUCUGUUUGUAGGAAACUUGAAGCUGCUGUAUUUAUUGUUUGGGAACAUAUUGCGGAUGUUAAUAGCAAGUUUUUGUUAACUUUUAUGGCUUCUAUUUAUAGAUGUGCUUUAGAACAUAAGAAAAUAUAAGAAAACUGA